AUGAAAACUGCCAAGUCUGAGAAGACAAAACAUUGGACUUCGACUUCUGCUUGUUUUGGUGAACCGGGCUGGACUGGAUCGAUCUUAUACUGGAAUUGUACAUCAGUAUCUUCAACUGGUGAGGUUCAACUAGAAAUCGAUACCAAUGUUGAAAUUGGCAGAGCUUUAAUCUCUUCUGGCCAUGAAGAGGCCACUUGGAUGGGCAGAAUUGAGACUUCUUCAGUUUGGAUUGGACUGGAAAUGGCUAGAUUGAUGAUUGCUUACCUUGAGCUACGCCACAAUACCUGCAAAGUACGUACACGUGCUUUGACCCUUGAUAUCUGGGAACCACUUGCUGAGAAGUUCUUUAUGAAUGGGUUCACGUGGGCUUCUGUGGUAGUGAAGGAAGAAUCCCUUUUCUUGUCUGUUUGUCCGGAGAUGAACGGUGGAGAUCAAUUCAUUGGGUCUUCGGAGAAUUUCAAAAUUGAGGCUGGGUAUCCUUCUGAUUUGAAACUGGGUGUGUUAAAUUGA